UAGAGACAGUAUGGCUGCCACUGCUGCAGUUAGUCCCAGUGAUUACUUACAGCCUGCUGCUUCAGCAGCUCAGGAUUCUCAGCCAUCUCCAUUAGCUUUACUUGCAGCCACAUGUAGCAAAAUUGGUCCUCCAGCUGUAGAAGCAGCAAUUACAUCUCCUGCUCCUCCUCAGCCUGCCCCUCGGAAAUUGGUUCCUAUUAAACCUGCUCCACUCCCAUUAAGUUCUAAUAAGAACAUUGGAAUCUUAUCAUCAAAAGGAAAUCUCUUUCAAAUUCAAGGUUCUCAAUUGGGGACAUCAUAUCCUGGUGGACAGCUAGUAUUUACAAUCCAGAACCCAACUGUGAUCAGCAAAGGAACCCGUUCUCCUGCCAGUAUCCAGUAUCAGACGGUACCACAGAUCCAAACAGCAUCAGGACAGACGAUUCAGGUGCAGCAAAAUUUGGGCAAUCAAAUACAGAUUAUUCCCAGCAAUAUCACCCCUUCUUCCUCUUCAUCAUCGUCGUCCUCUUCUUCAGCUCAUAAGCCUGUGCCAAUAAAGCCAGCUCCAGCUCAUAAGUCAUCAGCAUCCAGUCUCCACAACACAAGUAGUGUUGUCAAGUUAACUGGCACCAGUGGCAAUGUUACACUUACUCUUCCAGUGAGCAGUCUUGUAACUGCUGGGGAGACUAGUUCUCAAACUCAAGUUGUGCCCGACAGCCCAUCUAAGCCAAGCAGAAAAUCCCGAAAGAAAAUGGUAUCACAAGCUCAGACAACUGCAAUGGCUAUGGCAGAGCAAGUGGAAACAGUCUUAAUAGAGACUACAGCUGACAACAUCAUCCAGGCAGGGAACAAUCUGUUGAUUGUGCAGAGUCCUGGGUCUGGGCAGCCAGCUGUGGUCCAACAGGUGCAAGUAGUUCAGCCCAAACAAGAGCAACAGGUAGUUCAGAUACCCCAGCAAGCCCUACGGGUAGUCCAGGCAGCUUCAGCCACACUCCCCACAGUUCCCCAAAAGUCCCAACAAAACUUCCAGAUCCAGACAACGGAGCCAGUUCCCACUCAGGUCUAUUUUAAGACGCCUUCUGGUGAGCUACAGACAAUACUACUCCAAGAUGCCCCAGGAGGGGGCCUAACUAUGGCCCCUCCCCCUGCAGUCGCCACAGCCUGCAGCAGCCCUGUAUCCCGCAGUUCCCAGUCAGGGGGAAGUACCAAAAAGACAGGGGGAGCUCGUAAAGAGCGUGCUCUGCCAAAGAUUGCCCCUGCUGGAGGCAUCAUCAGCCUCAACGCUGCCCAACUCGCUGCAGCUGCUCAGGCAAUGCAGACUAUCAGCAUCAAUGGUGUGCAGGUUCAAGGUGUUCCUGUUACCAUCACCAAUACCGGAGGCCAACAGCAGUUAACGGUACAGAAUGUUUCAGGCAACAAUCUAACCAUCAGUGGCCUGAACCCUACCCAAAUCCAAUUGCAAAUGGAACAAGCACUCUUGGGAGACCUGCAACCUGGGGAAAAGAGACGGCGUAUGGCUUGCACCUGUCCGAAUUGCAAGGAUGGGGAGAAAAGGUUGGGUGAUCAAGGGAAAAAGAGGCACAUCUGCCACGUGCCUGAAUGUGGAAAGACCUUCCGCAAGACUUCCCUUCUGCGGGCCCACGUACGUCUACACACAGGCGAGAGGCCUUUUGUCUGCAACUGGGUCUUUUGUGGAAAGAGAUUCACACGCAGUGAUGAACUGCAACGGCAUGCCCGGACGCAUACAGGUGACAAACGUUUUGAGUGUGCUCAGUGCCAAAAGCGCUUCAUUAGGAGCGAUCAUCUGACAAAGCAUUAUAAAACCCACUUGGUCACCAAGAACUUGUAGGUUGGGAUGCAAGCAGGAAAAACAAGGAAGCGGUGUGGUGAUGAGCAGUUUUUCACCCCUCAUCAUGAAAGAUGGUCUCUGCAAAGGACAGAAAAAAA